GAACAGACCAGUGUUAACACUAAAUAAUUUCGACUAUUCGAGAUGUGAAUAUAUAAGUCAUUGAUUCUCUUAUCUCUUUAUAGUGUUCCAUCCGACUUGCCACCAUGACCCCUCUGUCUAUUGCCUCAGUCCUUCUGGCUGCUGUUAUCAGCGCUUCUCCUGUCGUUGAGAUCCGACAAACCUUCAUUGAUACACAAUCAAUCAAAACCCUUCAAAUUACGAAUAUUGAUUGGCAACGAAGCAACAGCACGAUCAACGCUGUUCAAUUCCAGGCUACAUUACCUGAUACAGGUGAAACAUGGAGAUGUACUAGUUCUGAUAGUGCCAAUACUGAAGGAUUCGUUCCGACGAAUAUUGAUCGCUGUGCCAAGGGAAGUCCCAUGACUUUCACCUGGGAUGACAAUCAUCUGCGCAUUUGGUUGACGACUGGGGAUAAAUCUUAUGCCGGCAGCGUCGAAAUUAGCCCCCUCGGCGCCGACAAAAAAGUGGCGUCCUUGAAUGAGAUUGAGGUCACGCCAACUACUACUCCCAAUGUAGAUUCAUAAGCAUCUUCAUCGCUUUUGCUAUCAACUUUUAUAUGCAGUCACGUAUCAUGAAUCGGGGGAUUGGGCUUUUGUAUGCUAGUUAUUAACGGUUAUUAAUGGAAAGAACUGUGAAUCGUUACUACAUGAUGA